CCCCACAGAGAUGGUGGCGUCGUGGCGUGACACCUAAUAUACCUUUACACACAUCUGGCAUUACUCGACCGGAGAAGAGGAGAUUCGACUCUCCUUCCUUAGUCGUCCAUAGAGAGGGAGUUGGGGCCGGAGAUUGGGGUUCCUCUGGCCAUGGAAACCCUAAGCGGGCGAGCGGCCUUCAUGAGAGAGUCUAUCCAGAAGAGCCAGACCAGCACUGACAACAUGGUAGCCAUUCUAGGUUCUUUCGAUCACCGUCUCUCUGCUCUUGAGACCGCUAUGCGUCCCACCCAGAUAAGAACGCAUUCUAUUCGAAGAGCACACGAGAAUAUUGAUAAAACUUUGAAGGCUGCGGAGGUUAUAUUGGCACAAUUCGAUCUUUCUCGGCAGGCAGAGGCUAAAAUACUUAAGGGGCCACAUGAGGACCUUGAAAGUUAUCUAGAAGCAGUUGAUCAACUUAGAAGUAAUGUUCGUUUCUUCAGCAGCAACAAAAGCUUUAAGAGUAGUGAUGGGGUGCUUAAUCAUGCACAUAGCUUGCUUGCAAAGGCCAUUCUUAAGCUUGAAGAGGAGUUUAAGCAGCUCUUAGCCACUUACAGCAAACCUGUGGAACCUGAUUGUCUUUUUGAAUGCCUCCCCAACUCGCUGCGGCCAUCCUCAGGAUCACCUGGACAGCAAGCUGAUUCUAUUGGCAAGAAUCCAUCCACCAAUCAUCAUUCUGAGCACCCUAACAAAAGCUUAGAGACUGCUGUUUAUACCCCUCCAACUCUCAUUCCACCAAGGAUUUUGCCAUUGCUGCAUGAUCUAGCCCAACAAAUGGUUCAAGCUGGAAACCAGCAGCAGCUACUCAAAAUUUAUAGGGAUACUCGUGCUUCUGUUUUGGAACAAAGCCUUCGUAAAUUGGGUGUGGAGAGACUUAGUAAAGAUGAUGUGCAGAAGAUGCAGUGGGAGGUCUUGGAGGCUAAGAUUGGGAACUGGAUCCAUUUCAUGCGAAUUGCGGUCAAACUGCUAUUUGCAGGGGAAAGGAAAGUCUGUGACCAAAUAUUUGACAAUAUUGAUUCUCUCAAGGAUCAAUGUUUUGCUGAAGUCACAGGAACCAGUGUAGCAAUGCUACUAAGUUUUGGAGAAGCUAUAGCCAAAAGCAAAAGAUCACCAGAAAAGUUGUUUGUGCUUUUAGAUAUGUAUGAGAUAAUGCGAGAGCUUCAGCCAGAGAUGGAGACAAUUUUUAAUGGAAAAGGUUGCACUGAAAUGAGAGAAUCUGCAUUGACUUUGACAAAGAGGCUGGCCCAGACAGCACAAGAGACCUUUGGUGAUUUUGAGGAGGCAGUUGAAAAGGAUGCUACAAAAACUGCUGUUCUGGAUGGAACUGUGCAUCCUUUGACAAGCUAUGUUAUUAACUAUGUGAAGUUUUUAUUUGACUAUCAGUCAACACUGAAGCAGCUUUUCCAAGAGUUUGAUAGUAGUGAUAAAGCAAAUUCCCAGCUGGCAUCUGUCACAAUGCAUAUAAUGCAGGCUCUAAUGACCAACCUGGAUGGAAAGUCUAAGCAAUAUAAGGAUCUUGCUUUGACUCAACUAUUUCUUAUGAACAAUAUUCAUUAUAUGGUCAGAUCUGUCCGAAGAUCAGAAGCAAAGGAUUUAUUGGGAGAUGAUUGGGUGCAACGACACCGAAGAAUUGUGCAGCAGCAUGCAAACCAGUAUAAAAGAGUUGCUUGGGGAAAGAUUCUGCAAGUUCUGUCUGUUCAAGGUCUGACUUCCUCUGGUGGUGGUAGCUCAAUGGGAGGUGAGGGAGGGAACAGCAGUGGGGUUUCAAGGGCACUGGUGAAAGACAGGUUCAAGACAUUCAACAUAAUGUUUGAGGAACUUCAUCAAAAACAAACCCAGUGGACGGUGCCGGACAGUGAGCUGCGAGAAUCGCUGAGACUAGCAGUUGCUGAAGUCCUAUUGCCUGCAUACAGAUCUUUCAUUAAACGUUUUGCACCUCUGGUCGAGAAUGGUAAGAACCCACAGAAGUAUGUCAGAUACACACCAGAAGACCUUGAUCGAAUGUUGGGUGAAUUUUUUGAGGGGAAAACUUGGACUGAGCCGAAGCGGUAGACUUUGCAAGUAAAACCUGCUUCCGUUGUGGUUGGCUUUGUAUGUAUUUACUUCGGUUGUGAUUCAUUUUUGCGCUGGGGAAUAAUAAACCACGUGUGGAGCAGUAUAUUUUCUUCUCCCCACAUAAAUCUUGUAACAAUCUCCUCUUUUUUUUUUUUUUUUUUUUGUUUCUCUAGUUUGUAAU